UACAAGAUGGUGGCUGAAGUUGCAAGUUGUUGGCCGGUGGGAGACAGGUUGGCCCAAGUCCGGUGAAAGUCGGUCGUUGGUCGCGUUGACACACGGGGUUUUCUGCUGUUGUGCAUUAUGUUCAAGAACGAGUACCAGGGAGGAUCCUUUGUAGAAAUCUUCAGUUCACAAGGCAAAGAUCCAGUUGCAAGAUGGAAGCUUUGUGGAAGUCCUGCAGUCCAGAAAGUUUUUGACAAAGAAGUGAAGAGCUAUGUUUAUAUACUGGAAGGUAGCUGUCAGAGAAACAAGAUGCAAUUACCCAAGGAUAGCAAGCAUUCACUUGGCCUUAUCCAGCGAUUCCUUGUAUUACAGCUCUGUGUGCCUGUGGGACAAGAUUUCUCUACAGAAUUGCUGAUUACUGAUUUGGGAAAUAUCAAACGACGACUGUAUUUAUCAACUAUCCACAAGGAAUUUUCUGCAACUCCACUGCAUGCAAAAAUACCACUCAGUAUCAUCAAACGUAAAAUUUGGAGCAACAUUUGCGUUGAUAUGGUGUCAUUUACCAAUGCAGCAUUCAAAGGAGCAGGUUUUCAGUCCCUGGAUAGAAUUGUUGUCUCAGCAAAUUGUAAACUAAGGAAGAUAUUCACAAUGAAACUCCAGCCACAGGAUACUACUUUUGUGGAUGAUAUGUACUCGUUACAGUGUUUCUCUGAAGGACCCACAGACAUGAUUCCAAAAUGCUGUCAGCUGGGCAUUGACGUUGAUCAAGUUACACAGCUUCUGAAUGUAGUAAAACUUCAACAAGGAGAACUAAGGAUUGGAAGCCAACAACGCACUUCAGCAGACUUGGACCAGCAGUCCAGUCGUGGGGCAGUCAGUGCGCGUAGUGUUAGAAACCAAGAUAUAUCACACAUUGCAUUUGGAUCAAAAGUACUUGGACCACCUCCAGCUAUCGGGAAAAGAGUUAGCACUACAGCAUCUAAAGAUUUAUCAAUCUUGUUGGAUAAUAAAACAACCAAAUCUUCAGACCAAUCUUGCUGUAAUAAAGAAGAAAUCUCAGACAAACUGACUAGCAGGUCAGAAAGACAAGUUUCAAUUCAAUCAGAACCAACUAAACAAAUGAGCCGAGUAAAUAUUUGCUUUACAAAGCAAACAACAGAGACUAUUACUUCAGAUAAGCAUGGCAUUUUCUUGGAAGAAACCCAAAUUGAACAACCUCUUCCUCCUCGGGAGCUAUCUUCUGAUUGCAGUAAUCGUAGAAAAUUGUGUGUUCACGUUGGAAGCAAGGAGAGGAAUGGCUCAAUCAGUGGUACCUUCUCGCCACAUCAUAAAGACAGUGGAGCAAAGUCCAGUGAUAUGCCUGAUAUUUCAUCUUAUCAUCAGAUCAAGAGUGAAUGUGAAAUAAACAGCAGUUCCACACUUCAUCAGAAUAGGAGCAAACCAGAGGACCAAGUUGAAGACAAAUGGCAUUUUUCCGACCACUCAGAGGAUAGUUUCCAGUUCAAUUCCCCUCAUCAUUCCACACCCAAACCAGAGCAUUCCAGAAACAAUUCGCAUUUAGAACCAAAAUACAGCAACACAGGAGAUGAAAGUGGUUCGGCAUCUUUAAGUGAAGAUGAUGAAAAAGAAGAUGAAUUAAAAUGGAAAGACAUAUUUACGUAUUCAUCACAGCCAAGGUCAGCUCCUUGUGGAAAGUUACAGAAUAUCUCAUCACAAGGCAUUAUGUGGACAGUGGAUAUGAAGGAUGAUGGAGAACAGGAAAUUGCAGAUGAGAGAGAAGCUGAAAUGGAGGAUGAUUUCCAUAGAAAUUAUAGCAGUGAAGAGGAAUAUGACUGGCUGAAGUAUCAGCCCAAGGAUAUGAGUGAAUCUGAUGAAGCAAGGAUGCUGGCUAGUUUACGGAGACAGCAACUUGAAGAACUGGAGGAUGACGGGAAGGCAACCCACUUGAAUGCAGUUCAUCUUGGCGAUUGUGCCUAUGGUGAUGAUAGCAUUAGCACAAGCAGUGAUGAUACAAGCAUCUGGAGUUCCUGUCUUUUACAGCCUGUCAAUCAAGGCCAUCACUACCAGAACGAAAUGCUUUUGACUCUGUCUCAGAAAAAAAUGAAUCCACUUCUUCUUUCAAAUCCACGUGACUGGGGUAAUAUUUUCAGCCCUCCCAUCAUUUUGCCCAGCGAACAGAUGAAAGAUCAAAAAAAUAUUUCACCCAGACAACCAUCUGCUCUUCAGGACUUAAGAAAUGACACAGCCAGUGUUACAGAAGAUCAGGAUGAAGUACUGGAUUUGUUAUAUGAUCCCUGUUUGAAUUGUUACUUCGAUCCAAAAACGGGAAAAUACUAUGAACUGGCAUGA